CCUUCUCCUAGUGGCGUGCCACCCCAAUAGCCCGACAUAUAGUGAAGCCCUCCGUGUUCCGACAGCCAACCGCGCCCCGCGAUGUCCGUGUGGGUGUCGCUGCUCUCCUACGCGCUCGCCCUCCUGGGCGUGGCCCUCGCGGCCGCCUACAUGUACAUGAGCCGCAAGCACGACCACUGGCGACGCAAGGGCGUCAAGUACCUCAAGCCCUUGCCCUUCGUGGGCAACCUCAAGGACAUCGCUUUCGUUCGCCGCAACAUCGGCGUCAUGUCGCACGACAUCUACCACCAGCACAAGAAGGAGCCGUACGUGGGCAUCUUCGCCUUCGACGGGCCCAUGCUGCACGUCCACGACCUGGCGCUGGUGCGCUCCGUGCUGGUCAAGGACUUCCAGUUCUUCUGCGACCGCAACUUCCACGUGAGCGCCAAGGCCGACCUGCUGGGCUCCAGGAGCCUCUUCGCGCUGAAGGGCGACCGCUGGAAGCAGUCGCGCAGCGCCAUCACGCCCUCCUUCACGUCCGGCAAGAUGAAGCACAUGUACGAGAUCGUGGAGGGACGCGCAAAGUUCUUGGCGGAGACUCUGCACAAAGAAAACACAGGUGAGCCGAUGAGCGCGUACGACCUGGUGGCGCGCUACACGACGGACGUGAUCGCGUCGUGCGCCUUCGGCAUCGACAGCGGCACCCUGCGCGACCCACGCGCCGAGUUCCGCCGGAAGCUCAAGAUGAUCUUCGACCUGUCGCCCACGGAAGCCCUGCGCUUCCUCAUGGCCUUCGUCAGCCCCAACGCCGUCCACACCUUCAACAUCAAGGUCUUCAAGAAGGAGGUGGAGGACUAUGUGAUCGGGGCCAUCAGACAGGCCAUCCGCUACAGGGAAGAGAAGGGCGUCGUUCGGAACGACCUGCUCUCGGCCCUCGUGGCCAUUAUGAAGCGGACUGGCUUCGAAACUUCUGCCACCACAAUCAGUUACGCUCUCUACGAACUGGCGAAGAAUAAAGACAUACAGGACAAGCUGCGAGAGGAAAUAAACACAACUCUUAAGGAGAACGGCGGAUCUGUACCAUACGAUGUUAUGCACUCCAUGAAAUACAUGGACUUAGUCUUUCAAGAAACGUUGAGGAAAUACCCGCCCGUGCCCUUCCUGGAUCGAGUGAGCAACAGGCCCUACCGGCUGCCGGGCACGAACGUCACGUUGGACGCAGGCACAGCCGUGAUGAUCCCCGUCCUGGGAAUCCACAGAGACCCCGAAAUCUACCCCAACCCCAUGCAGUUCAUCCCGGAGAGGUUCUUGGAAGAGAACAAGGCCAAGCGCCCGAGCUGUACCCACAUGCCCUUCGGGGAGGGCCCGAGAACGUGCGUUGGUCUGCGCUUCGCGUUGAUGCAAACGAAGCUCGGUAUGAUCCACAUCCUCAAGGACCACUCGGUGGAGCUCCCGAGCACCACGCCCACAGAGCCCGACUUCACCCCGAAGUCCUUCCUCCUACAGCCCGUCAAGCACUUGGAGCUUCUCUUCAAGAAAAUCGAGGCUUAAUGGCAACAUCGCAUUCUCCAGUGGCAUUCCAUAUUUCAAGUUAUACUGUAUCAAUAUUCACUUGUUUAUAGUCAUUACAAUAAAUA